AUGGGACCUGGCGGACUGUUUGGGCAGCUGCGCGGGAUCGAUGCGUUCGGGCGCAUGUCGGAAGACGUGCGCAUUCGCACGAAUGCCGGUGCGCUGAUUACGCUGGCCAGUGGUCUGCUGAUCUUGGUGCUGAUCGUGAGCGAAAUCCUCGACUAUCGCCGGGUGCAGACCAGUCCGCGUCUCGAGGUCGAUCUCGGACGUGGCGAGCGUCUCGCCGUGCAGUUCAACGUGACGUUCCCUCGCAUCCCAUGCUACCUGCUUUCGCUGGACGUUGUGGACGUCGUGGGCGAAAACCAGGUCGACGUGCACCACGAUAUCGAGCGUCGUCGUCUGGACGAACAGGGCCGGCCCGUGUCGCAGGACAUUAUCCGCGCGCUCGAGAGUGAGGCCAAGCAGAUUGUCGCAGAGCGCGGUCCGGACUACUGUGGUGACUGUUACGGUGCCGAGCCGCCCGAGAGCGGCUGCUGUAACACGUGUGACGAAGUGCGUGAAGCCUACCUCAUGCAAAACUGGUCCUUCACGUCUCCCGACGACAUUGAGCAGUGCCGGCAAGAGCACUGGUCCGAACAUGUGCGCGAGCAGAACCACGAGGGCUGCAACAUCGCCGGCGAGGUGCGUGUGAACAAGGUCGUGGGCAACCUGCACUUCAGCCCAGGCCGCACCUUCCAGCGCAACGACAUUCAUACACACGAUCUCGUGCCGUACUUGCACGGCGUCGGCGAGAGCGUGCACCACUUUGGGCACAAGAUCCACCGCUUGAGCUUCGGCAUGCACGACGAAUUCGCGAUCGAGCGCACGUCCCGCGGCAAGCGCUGGGGCCCGCUCAAGCGCCAGCUCGGCAUCGUCGACGCGCUGGAAAACCACGUCGGCAAGACGGAUAACAGCGACGUCAUGUUUCAAUACUUCCUCAAAGUCGUGCCUGUAGAGGUACACAAGCUGAAUGGUCGGCAGAUGAGCACGUACCAGUACAGCGCGACGUCGUACGAUCGCGACCUCGACGACUAUGAUCGCGGGGAGCGGUCCGGUCAUAUCGUGCGCAGCAUCGAGGGCAUCCCCGGUGUGUUUUUCAACUACGAGAUCUCGCCCCUGCGGGUCGUCCAGACCGAAUGGCACCACUCGGUGUGGCACCUCGUGUCCAAUCUGUUUGCCCUCAUCGGUGGUAUCGUGACCGUCGCGGGUCUCAUCGACGGCGCCAUUUACCGCGCGCGGCGCACGUUCCGCAUCGUGAGCCAGGGGGGAUACUCGGACGACGCAGACGGUCUUGGUAUGGACGCCAAAUUGCUAUAG